AUGUCGACAAACACGCCGACCAGCGCAGCCAAUGCGCUUUCUGACUUGAAGCUGGAAGGCCGUAAAGAUAAGGAGGACGCUGCCAAGAAAGAGGGCUCUGCCGAGACUGAAGGGGAUGUCACGAAGUCCGAACAAAACCUUAUUCAAAACGAUUAUGAAGUGCAAGUGAAGCUGGCGGAUCUGCAGGCAGACCCAAAUUCUCCGCUUUAUAGUGCUAAAUCUUUCGAGGAGCUUGGUCUGAGCGACGAGCUGCUGAAGGGACUGUACGCUAUGAAGUUCGCCAAGCCGUCGAAGAUCCAGGAGCGUGCCUUGCCUCUGUUGCUUCAUAACCCGCCCAAGAAUCUGAUCGGACAGUCUCAGAGCGGUACAGGCAAGACGGCAGCUUUUGCAUUGACCAUGCUGUCCCGGGUCAUUCCCUCAAUCCCCACCUGCCAGGCGUUGUGUCUUGAACCAAGUCGUGAGCUGGCUCGCCAAACUAUGGAGGUCAUUCGCAAAAUGUCCAAGUACACAAACAUAACUUCGCAGGUUGUGGUUCCGGGUUCAACUGAAAAGGGUGCCAAUGUGGUUGCUCAGGUUGUGGUUGCUACUCCGGGCUCUCUUCUUGAGGCAAUUCGUCGUAAACAGCUCGACGUGUCCAAACUCCAGGUGUUUGUUCUUGACGAGGCCGACAAUAUGCUCGACCAGACCGGCAUGGGAUCGCAGUGUGUUCGAGUGAAAAAGGCCGUCCCCUCGACGACCCAGCUCGUGUUGUUUUCUGCUACUUUCCCUGACGAGGUGUACAAGUAUGCCCAGACGUUUGUGCCCAACGCUAACGAGAUCCGGCUGCAAACUGUCGAACUGAAUGUCGAUGCGAUCAAACAAUUUUACAUGGACUGUGACGACGAAAUGGCCAAGUUGACUGCUCUCAAAAAUCUCUAUGGCUUGUUGACAGUGUCCUCGUCGAUGAUUUUCACUCGAACUAAGAAAACUGCCGACUGGCUCUACAAACAGCUCACCGCCGAUGGCCACACGGUAUCUGUGCUUCACUCUGAUUUGACCAGCGAGGAACGUGAUCGUUUGAUCGACGAUUUCCGUGAGUUCAAGACCCGUGUCUUGAUCACAACUAACGUGCUUGCCCGUGGUAUAGAUAUUCCCACCGUCUCUAUGGUUGUCAACUACGACCUACCGGUCGACAAGGAUGGCAAAGCUGACCCAGCUGCUUAUCUCCAUCGUAUUGGCCGCACCGGCCGGUUCGGUCGCACGGGUGUGUCCAUUUCGUUUGUGCAUGAUCAGGAAAGCUACAAGGUUCUUAACGACAUCACAAGUUAUUAUGGGGAGGGUAUCAAAAUGACCCAUCUUGAUAUCAAGGAUGGAGAUUGGGAAAAAGUCGAAAAGAUCCUUAAAAAGGCUAUGAAAUAA